AGCUCCCACUCACUACCAGGCAACAGGCCCUCUCGGUUUCACAAUGCUGGCCCAUGGCUCUGGCAGGGCGGAGACUGACCCACGGAGGCAUCAUUCAGCAUGCAGUGCAGUUUCGCGUGGACAUGCCGUGGGUUCUGAGUCACGCAUCCUCCCAUGUGACAUACCUCACGGAGAAGCAGAAAGCCGCCUCCCCUGGCAGGGCGGGAAGCUAGAGCCUUCCAAGGGAAGGUCGGCCCGAUCCCAGGGCCCUCCCGGGUGGGGUCAGGGUCCCGGCUACAAGUCCGAGGGGCAGGGCUGUGGCGAGACGAAGAGCCCCCAGGGGCGUGAGGCAACGGCCGGGGCGGGACUACAACCCGCAGGGGACAAGGCUCCUAAUCGUCAGCUCAUGACUUACUGGUUGCAGGAGUUGCAGCAGAAGAGAUGGGAAUAUUGCAACAGCCUGGACAUGGUGAAGUGGGACAGCAGGACGUCCCCUACCCUUGGGGAGUUCCCUAAGGGCCUUGUAGCCAGAAGUAACACAGAUGUCAUCUAUCCGCACCCAAAUACUUCUGCAGAAAAAGCCAGAAAUGUCCUAGCUGUGGAAACUGUUCCUGGAGAACUGGUGGGAGAACAAGCAGCAAACCAGCCAGCGCCAGGACACCAGAAUCCCAUUAACUUCUACUCUUUGAGACAGUGGGGCAGUGAACUCAAGAAUUCAAUGUCUUCAUUCCGUCCUGGGAGAGGCCAUAAUGAUAGUCGGAGGACUGUGUUUUAUACCAAUGAAGAGUGGGAACUGGUAGAUCCACCUCUGAAGGACCUGGAGGAGUCUGUGGUACAGGAGGAAAGGAAGAAGCAGAUACCCGAGGGAAGCAAAGGAGUAUCUGGCUCCGGAUUCCCCUUUGAUUUUGGACGUAAUCCCUACAAAGGGAAGCGCCCUUUGAAAGACAUCAUUGGAUCAUACAAGAAUCGGCACAGCAGUGGAGACCCUCUGAGUGAGGGGAUGUCAGGUGCUGGCAGUGUCAGGCUGGCCUCUGAGAUGCAGCUGCAGGUUCAGAGCCAGCAGGAGGAGCUGGAGCGGCUGAAGAAAGACCUGACCAGUCAGAAGGAGCUCGUCCGGCUGCUGCAGCAGACAGUCAGGUCUUCACAGUACGACAAGUAUUUCACGAGUGGCCGAUUCUGUGAGGGGGUCCCUGGGGCCACGCUGGAGCUGCUCCACCAAAAGGACGAUCACAUUCUGGGCCUCAGCAGCCAGCUGGAGCGGCUGAGCCUGGAGAAGGAGAAUCUGCAACAGGAAGUGAGAACCCUGAAGAGCACGGUUGGCGAGCUCAAUGAGCGGCUGGGGAUGCUGAUGGAGACCAUCCAGGCCAAGGAUGAGGUCAUCAUCAAGCUCAGUGAAGGCGAGGGCAGCAUGCCUUCCCCCUCCUCAGUGCCAGGCUCCCCACUGGCUGCUCCAGCCAGCAGGGACCAGCUGGAGCUGGACAGGCUAAAAGAUAAUCUACAGGGGUACAAGGCCCAAAAUAAAUUUCUAAAUAAGGAAAUUUUGGAACUCUCAGCUCUACGAAGAAAUGCAGAAAGGAGAGAGAGAGAUCUGAUGGCCAAGUAUUCCAGCCUGGAAGCCAAGCUUUGCCAGAUAGAAAGCAAAUACCUGAUAUUGCUUCAAGAAAUGAAGACCCCAGUGUGCUCAGAAGAACAGGGCCCCACCCGGGAAGUCAUUGCCCAGUUGCUGGAGGAUGCACUACAGGUUGAGAGCCAGGAGCAGCCAGAGCAAGCCUUCGUGAAGCCUCAUCUUGUCAGUGAGUAUGAUAUCUAUGGGUUCAGGACUGUGCCUGAUGACGAUGAGGAGGAGAAGUUGGUUGCUAAGGUCCGUGCCUUGGACCUGAAGACUCUGUACCUUACAGAGAACCAGGAAGUUUCCACCGGGGUCAAGUGGGAAAACUACUUUGCCAGCACAGUGAAUAGGGAGAUGGUGUGUUCUCCAGAACUGAAGACUCUGAUCCGCUCAGGCAUUCCUCACGAGCACCGCUCCAAGGUGUGGAAGUGGUGUGUGGACCUCCACACGAGGAAGUUCAAGGAUGGCGUAGAGCCAGGCUAUUUCCAGGUCUUGCUGCAGAAGGCCCUGGAGAAGCAGAACCCGGCCUCCAAACAGAUCGAACUGGACCUGCUUCGGACACUGCCCAACAAUAAGCACUAUUCCUGCCCCACCUCUGAGGGCAUCCAGAAGCUGCGUAAUGUCCUGCUCGCCUUCUCCUGGCGGAACCCAGAUAUCGGCUACUGCCAAGGUUUGAACAGAUUGGUGGCACUGGCCCUCCUGUACCUGGAACAAGAAGAUGCUUUCUGGUGUUUGGUUACCAUCGUGGAAGUUUUCAUGCCUCGAGACUAUUACACAAAGACUCUUUUAGGAUCGCAGGUGGACCAGCGGGUGUUCAGGGACCUCAUGAAUGAGAAGCUUCCCCGAUUGCAUGCCCACUUUGAACAGUACAAAGUUGAUUAUACUCUCAUCACAUUCAACUGGUUCCUGGUGGUGUUUGUGGACAGCGUGGUUAGCGACAUCCUCUUCAAGAUAUGGGACUCUUUCCUAUAUGAGGGACCAAAGGUUAUUUUCCGUUUUGCCCUGGCAGUUUUUAAAUACAAGGAAGAGGAGAUCCUGAAAUUGCAGGACUCAAUGUCUAUAUUCAAGUAUCUCCGCUACUUCACUCACACUAUCCUUGAUGCUCGGAAGCUGAUCAACAUCUCCUUUGUGGACCUGAACCCCUUUCCGCUGCGCCAGAUCCGGAACCGACGUGCCUAUCACCUGGAGAAGGUGCGGCAGGAGCUGACUGAGCUGGAGGCCAUCCGUGAAGACUUUCUGCGUGAGCGGGAACCUGGCCCUGACAAGGGCGGGCUGGUCAGCGAUGAGGAGGAAGAUGCCUGAGUGACCCCUCCCCCAGUUGCUGCUCUUUGCUAUGGUAACCAAAGUGUGUCCAAAGUGAACUGCAGGGGUGCCUGCUCAUUUAAUGCCCAAGUGUAACAUCUGUGGCCUCUGGGACUCUGUGGGGCAGAUGUCCAGAGCCAGACUGCACUUUCUCAUCCCACUUGGGGCUGGAGAGGGAUCUGCUCUAUUUACAGCCAGCACUGUGCCGUAGCAUUUGGUCAUAUGCGUUACAAUCCUGCUUUCUGCCUGACUGGUGAAUCACUGCCCACUUAGCAGCUGGCUGUCUCCAACAGCCUGUUUACAGCUUUUGCCAGCUGGGUUGGUCUUUACCCCAUGAAAACUGGCCUUGCUGGGUACUUCCCGUGUUGUUACUCCUCUUGUACAUAGUGAGCAGCUGUGCAUGUCUUAAACAGCAGCACUUGGAGGAUGCACCAGGGGUUGAAUGUGGCUGUUUCCAUGGGGUGAGGUCACUGUGCACAGAGGGGCUUCCUUAAAAAGCAAGCAUACCUUUGUUCUGGAGUGGCCUCUGCUGAAAGCCCAGGAGCUUUCCUCUGCCCUCCUUUCACUAGUGGCUCCCCCUCCAUGUGGGGGGCCUGGUCCUGCACUAGCCCUGCGUGGGACAGUUCUGCUGCAGCUUUCCCUGUGCUUGGCAUCUGUGGAAAACUUUCCAUCUGGAAGGUGACUUAUGGAAGCCAUUCCUUACAUAUGGCUGGGGUAGGAUUCCAGGUGAACUGCCUGCCCCUGGUGAGGUUGCAGAAGCAGCUAUGGGGUUGCUUUGCAGGUGGCUGCACAGCUGCUGGGAAAGAUCCCAGUGCUCCUGUAUUUUCCUGUACUGGAGCUUGACAAUACCUUUGCUGAGGCCAGGGCUCAUGGGAGCUCUCACCCAGUCCCGUGUGGCUGCCACACAGCCUUGUUCUUGGUGAAGAUAUGGGGUCCAAAUGGCCUUGUUCUUGGUGAAGAUAUGGGGUCCAAAUGGCCUCUGACAUAAUAGGCUGCCAGGCAGGUCCUGGCUAAUUUGUUUUGAGCCCUUUGGGACCAUCCCUGAGGUGUGGAUGUUCUAAGUGUAUGUUUCCUGGCACACUAUUAGUACAAGGGAACAGUCUUACAUGGAAUAUUUUACACUACCUGGAAAAAAUUGAAAAUGUUCUCUAAACAUACUCAGACUUAAGAAUUGAGGCAGUGCAGUUUCAAGAAGUGCUCCUGUAACCCUUAUUCCUUUUUUUUUUUUUUUAACUGUUGGCUUCCUAGCAGUUUUGUGGCUGGAUUCCUACUUCAGCAACUCAGCUUCUGUCUUUGGUGAAGUUGCUUUACUAUGCAGAGGGAGCUGGUCUCUCUAUUCAGCCAUUUGUCUGUUUGGGUAUCAGAAAUGUGUCUUGCCAUUGUGUAUGUCUUGGGAGUGGUUUUUAAGGCCUGGCCUCUCCAGAAAGCAGCCCAUGAGUAAGGAGCCACAGUCUGCCACUGUUCUCAGGUACAGGCCACCUGCUGGCAGACCCCAUCCCUCCUCCGGAGAGGCUGUUAGCCUGUGACAGCUGCUGAGGAGGCACAGGGGAUAGGUGAGUUCCUCCGGGGUCAGCUCCAGCUGCCCCCAGUUUUUAGUUCCCAAGUCAGUUUCCUACACAUCAACCCAAGCUGCCUCAUUCAGGGGCCAAGAGUAGUCCCUCAGGAAUGCACAUGUUUGGUCUGGCUUGUCCUGGAAACAUGCUUUACCACAGCACCUGCACAGCUAGGACUGCUCUGUGGCCACGCAAUAUGGGAGAACAGAGUGGUCCUGGAAAUGGACUGGGUGCCUCCCUGGAGGGGAGGUGUUGGCCUGGUUCCAGGCUGGGGACAGGACAGGCAGAGCCCCACUGUUUUUGCAUCAACAUUGCCCAGUCUCUCCUGCAGUCAAGAGACCUGCUGCUGUCCCUGGUGCCCCUCAGGCUCCGCCACCAGCUGCCUGAGGAGCUCCUUCUGGCCAAAGCUGACACACUGCUCAUCUUGCAUGUGGUCUUGCCUGCUGGCCAUGCGCAUGUGCCAGAGCUGGGGGAGUCACCAGCUCUGCAGUCAGUGUUUUUUUGUUUUUAAAUCCGUUGAACCUGUUAAUACUUUUGUAUAUUUUUACUACAGUUUAUAUUUUUGUAGGCUAUUUUAUCACGUUUUUUCUAGAUUCUGUACAUCUAUUUUCUAUAACAAGUUCUAUUUUGUGUGCACGACUCCUUUGCAUGUAUUUAUGUAAGCCUGAGCCUCCCUCUACACCACCUUUACCUCCAGGCAUGAGCUCUGUGUCUGUGUGGACUCUGUCCUCACCCUUCUUUCCCUGGUAGCUUGGAUGCUGCUUGUCAUCAAGCUGACAGCUCAACAGUGGGAGGUAGGACUUCGGAUUGCAGGGAACACUGGUUUCCAAUAAGCUGCAUUGACAUAGGAAGCAUGGUAGGCAAACCCCAAUCAGGUUUUCCUAAUGAAGUGUUUGCACUGUUGCAUGAGCCCCCCUCGUUGUAUACAGUGUUGUCUUUUUGUGCAGCAGGUGACUGUCCUUCUAUAUGACAGCAGCUUCUGUACUGAUGUUCAGGUUAAAAUAAACUCCUUUAUGUAA